AAGCUCUUUAAUUACACCAUUAUUAUCGAGUGGGACUCAUCACACACGUGUUCCCGUAACAUGGCACACAUAGAAAAAUAACAUGGUGUUGAUUUUCGAUGUUGUGUAAAAUAAAAGCCGGCCGGCAGUUUGGCACCGACGCUCGAAGGAAGAGGGUGUUCUUUAUGCUCCAUGCAUUCGAAAGCGAUGUAACGGGUCGAAGUACUUCUGUAACAUAAAUAUUAUAAAAUGUCAGUGAAUAACAAGACAUUAGUGCAAAUGUAAAUACUACAAUUAGUUUUGUGAAAAUUUCGGCGCCAUUUUUAAGUGAAUAAAAUAGUGAUGUGCUUUGAAAUAAACAUUUUUGCGACUGUUCUUUUGAUUGUUUCGUUCGUUGGGAAAGUGAGAAAUGGAGGUCCAGAACACACCACUCAGAAGGAAACGAGACCCGAAUACAUCCAUCCGGACGGUCUGCUCAACUUUGACCCUUACCUUUCCGACUUUAAACCAGAGGUAGAGGAAGAUGAUUACAUACCGCUACCAGAAAACGACGAAACAAUCGACGGUCUACCGAUCUUCCUUCUAGAACCAAAGAACUCUUACGUAUUAAGAAGUAAGCCAGCAACGCUACUGUGUAGGGCAGCGAAUGCUUUGCAGGUUUAUUUCAAAUGUAAUGACGUCAGAGUGGAUAAGACAGUACAGUUGGAGCACGUCGACCCUCAGAACGGCGUGCGUGUGGUGGAGGCGGAACUGAACGUGACAAGGAAUGAAUUAGACGAGUACUUCGGCGGUCGCUACAGCUGUGAAUGUUACGCCUGGAAUAGUCGGGGAAGGAUAAGGAGUCAGGCGAACUAUAUAGAAUUUGCUUAUAUAAAGAAACAAUUCGCGCAACAGCCACAGUCGGCGACAGUGGAGGCCGGGCGGCAGGUGAUGUUCCGCUGCGGGCCACCGCCCGCCGCUCCGCCCGCUACCAUCAAGUGGACGAGGAACGGCGUCACCAUAGAAGCAACAGACGAGACUUUAGUACUGCCUAAAGUUGGCCUACAAGAUAUAGCCAACUACACUUGUAUAGCAGAGAAUAUUGCAGGACGUCGCGAGUCAGAUGUGGCUGUGCUGUCCGUGUAUGUAAAUGGCGGUUGGUCGGAUUGGUCGGCAUGGUCGCCGUGCAGAUGCGGGUCAGGCCGGCGUCGGAGCCGCACCUGCAGCGAGCCAGCCCCGGCAAACGGUGGCGCACACUGCCGCGGACAGGCAACACAGGGCGAUGAGGACUGUGCCAGAUGUCAGACCAACAGUUGGUCGCCAUGGGGCGCAUGGUCUGCGUGCAGCGCGGAGUGCGCGCGGUCUCGACGGCGGCAGUGCGCCGGCAGCUGCGCCGGGCCCGCAGCGCAGCACGCCGCCUGCAGGGAGGGACUCUGCGCCGCCGCGAUGCGUAUAUACAAGAACAAUGUGACCCUGUACGUGGGCAUCGGGAUAACAGUCGCCAUGUUGGCGGCGGGCGCUGCCGUGUUGUACGUGUGGUGCCGGUACCGCGCCGCCAGGCCCGGGUACACCGCCGCUAGGACAGUGCACCCAGGUGUACCGAAGUACAGCGGUCGGGACAAGAGCAACGCCGCUCCGGAUCUAACGCGGACCUGCAACGAGUACUGGAUGCAGAGGCCCGACAACCACUACGACAUGCCUCAGCUUAGAGACAGUUACGCGUCACCGUUCGGCCACCGCAGCCGACAGCAAUCUUCAGCCGGCAGCAACCACUACGAGAUGAAGCCCUACAGCCCCUCCGGCGACUCCGCAUCCAGCUGCUACACAAACUUGAUUUGUGUUCCAGCGCGGACUAUGACGUCACGCUCCAGCGAGUGUUCCUCCUCGCAGCUGGCGGAGCUGGUGACGUCAUCGCCCACCUCGCACUCCAAGGUGGACGUGGCGGUCACUCUGCCCACCACCUCGCUCGACACCACCUACAGAGAUAAGAUAUGCCUAACUAUUGUAAAGUAAGCCUUCCUAAUGUAAACUGUCACACUCACGGUCUCACUCAGAGAUAAAGGCAUUGUUUAAUUAAUCAUUUGUGCACUCUGAGUAUGGAUGGCGGUUAUUAAAUUAUUCUGUCUUUUAUUUGUGUUUAAAAUAUUGGUGUAAAGUUAGUUUGGUUAUUGUGUUAUACUUCAAUUGUUUUGGAUUUGUGUUUACGAUAAAAAUAUGAGGGUAAAGUUACAAGUUUUAUUGUAAAGAAUAUUUAAUGCUAUAAAUCAGUUUGAAAGUUCCACAUCUGAUUUUGUGUUUUUUAACGUGUAUUAAAAAGAAACAUAUUAAAAACUAUCUCACACGUAUACA